UUCGUCUUCCUCCGGACUCCACCUCGAAAACCCCGGCCACCCCGACCUCGCGCCAGUCGACAAUGGACCGUACCAUCCGCUGAUACCAUCCCCUUCCUCCGCGCGUGCAGCAUUAGCAGUGAGACUGACUAGGAGUGACCCCUGAAUCUCUUCACUGAAGGCCAUGAGUUCCAACAAGGAGAGGGGCCUUAAGGCCUGGAAUGCCAUGAAGGCUCUCGGCUUCACCAAGACGAAGGUCGGCAAGGUUGUCAAGCGCCUCUUCAAGCUCUUUGACGACAACUGGGAACCAAUUGAGGAGGACAACUACCGCAUCCUCAUCGAUGCCAUGCUCGAGGACGCAAGCAACGAACCGAUGCCCGCAACAACCUCUCAGGGGGUGGAUGAGGAUCCGGUUGCUCUCUCGCAUCGGGGGACGAAUGAGGAUUCUGGGCCUCACAGCUCAACAUGGGCCAGGCAAGAGUACCAACACCCUCACUCUUCUGCUUCUGCUAGUCGGUAUGACGUAGAUGUCAGUGACAAUGAAAGCUCCCUCAUCAAGAGACCCAGAAUGAGCUCGGCUGAUCGUGUUCAUGGACGGGCGCUGCAACCCGCCAGUCAAGCAAUUAUGGCUUUGCCAGCAGUGCACCAAUCUGGUGGCCAUGGAGAACCUUCUGCUCGUGUCACCCGCAGUAAGGAUAAAGAUUUGCUGCUUGAAAGUCCCCAAGGUGUUCUCCUCUUAGAAGAGUCCAAGCCUGAAUCUGAAUUUGAUGUUCGAGCUGCUUCUGUUGACAAGCGUCUCAACAUCGGAGGUGGGAAGAACAUGCUAAUUAAAUAUGGUAAAACAAGGGACAUGUUGACUUCUGGCGCUGAUGCUAGAGUUAGCAUAGUUAACCACAAUCAAAAUCUGGACAGCAGCCAACAUGCCGUCAAGAAUGGGGUGGGAUCUACUGUUCAAAAUAAUAAUCAGCAGGAACCUUCUGUCGAAUUUGAUGUAGCUUCAUCCACUAUGGGUGAGGUGAAGAUGUCAUUGAAAUGCAAGUUUGACCCUUCAGAGGUCUGCAUUAAUUUGGACGAGGUCUUCAAAAUGAUCGAGGAUAGAUGUCUCCGCUCAUAUAAGACCCUUCCUCCUGAUUUUUCAAUUGGCAAAAUGAUGAAUGAGGUAUGCCAACAUGUUGCAGAGUAUGGUGCUGCGCUUUCUAAAGUUCAAAGCAAUGGUGGCAGCUCGCAAGAAGAGGCUGUGGCUCCUUUUGUGAAGCCGCUUGCGUGUCAGCGUGCUGCUAAUGGUAUUGUUUUCCCAGGAUCAUCAGCACCUGAAUCCUCAGGACCCAGCUUUCAGAAUUGGGUUGUUCCUUAUGAGUCCGAGUUACCUUCUGAACAAAGGCCACUCCAUGACGUUGCUGACAUUUCAAAGGGAGAAGAACGGGUUAGAAUACCCAUAAAAAAUGACUUCACUGAUGAGAGCUGCCCGCCAUUGUUUUACUACAUCAGAAAGAAUCUCGUCUUCCAAAGUGCUUAUGUCAACACCUCACUUGCACGGAUUGGUGGUGAUAAUUGCUGUGCAGGUUGUUCAGGCAACUGCUUAUUAGCACCAUUUCCAUGUGCCUGUGCAAGAUCAACUGCAGAUGACUUUGCAUAUACACCGGAGGGCCUGCUUAGGACAUCAUUCAUUGACGAGUGUAUUGCUGUUAAUCAGUUCCCAGAAAAACAUAACAAGUUCUACUGUGAAGCUUGCCCUAUUGAAAGAUACAAGACUGAGGCCUCACCAGAUCCAUGCAAAGGUCAUCUUGCCAGAAGAUUCAUUAAAGAGUGCUGGAGUAAAUGUGGCUGUGAUAUGCAAUGCGGAAACCGUGUGGUUCAGCGGGGGAUAACAUGCAAUCUGCAGGUGUUUUUCACAAGUGAAGGGAAGGGCUGGGGGCUACGCACACAGGAUGGGCUGCCGAAAGGGGCUUUCAUCUGCGAGUAUGUUGGAGAGAUACUAACAAGUUCUGAGCUACAUGGAAGAAUCGUUGAGAACGCCAAAAAUGGCAAGCAUUUGCAUCAACUGCUCCUUGACGCAAGUUGGGGUCCUGAAGGGGCACCAAGAGAUGAGGAAGCUCUAUGCAUCGACCCGACAUUUUAUGGAAAUGUUGGGCGAUUUGUCAACCACAGAUGCCAUGAUGCAAAUUUAGUUCUCAUCCCGGUUGAAGUUGAGACUCCUGAUCAUCGCUAUUAUCAUCUUGCAUUGUUCACCGCCAAGAAAGUCGAGGCUUCUGAGGAGUUAACAUGGGACUAUGGCAUCGACUUUGAUGCUACUGAUAGCACCGAUCGGGCAUUCCGUUGCAUGUGUGGAAGUCAGUACUGCCGCGAUCGUAAGAAUUCAAGGAAGAGGGCCAGAGCAGCUGCAAGUCGGAACUAGGGAGUGGCUGGGUCAAGAGGAGGUGAAGAAGAUGACUUUUGCUGGCAGAAGCAGCAGGAGGUAGUUUGGUUGUCUUCGAUGGUUGUGUAGAUAGAUGCCUGUGUCUGGUACCGUUUACUGCAGCAGCAGCAGGAGCUGCUAAGAUUGCUGGUCAUAUUUUGGGGCUGGGGGUGAAGCGAUGAUCUGCAGAGCAAGUGCGUGCUACUGUUGUCAGUCCGGCAAGACCAUGCUAGGAAAGUGUUAAAAUUUAUGUGCAACCUU